AAAACAAAAGGAAAUGAGAAGAAAAGAAAACAUAAAAAGCAAAGUAACGGAAAAUGAAAAUGACAUUGUUCUGCAGUCUAUAAAAUGGAAAGAUGUCAUGUUUCCACCUUAAAGCAUAAGUUAAAACAGGGCUUUCCAGAUCAAUUACUAAUCUCCACUGAAGAAAUAAAUAGAUAUAUUCUAAGCCCUUCAUCUGCUAAAAAGUAGCAGAAUUUAAGUUACUUUUAAUAGCCAACCUCAAAUCAUUAACAAAACUGUUUGAAGUAAGUCUGUUAUCAAUUCCAUAAAAAUCCCAAUACAUAGUAAAGAGCUGAUCUAUAUUUUAAAUUGAAAACCCUCUUGUAUUUAAAAUGUAUUCAAUAAUGUUAACAAAGGGAAAAAAAAGCAUGAGAUCUGAUGCAAUAAUAAAGCAGCCAUCAAACACCAUUCCAUUUCUAAUCCUCUUUAUGUUUCCCUAAAAACCAUGAGUCUGCUGAUGGUGUUGGAAUUAUAACAUUUAAACAUGCUGUUACCAAUUUAAAGAUACUGUGGUCAGCUACGUUGAGAGAGUGUAUCAGCGCAUGGGGCCACAAGCAUUCUUACAAAAAAACUGGAAAAGAAAUAUUAGAAUUAACCAAUUUUGAUCCAGCGUAGCUUUCACACUCUGAUUUUGGCUUUGUAAUUCACAUUGCCUUCUAUUUUUCUUACAGAUUUUGUUUCAUCUACUUUCUCCAUGAUUAAAAAAAAAUUAAACACACAUAAGAUGCAAAACACAAGCUAUCCUGGAAAUUCUACAGACUUUCCUCCUGGUGUGUCUGUAACUAAGGACUUGUGGCCGGUUAUAGUUCUGGCCUUCUCUGGUUCAGCCUGCUACUGCAACGUGGGUGUGCUCCUAGCUGUGACCGUGGGUAGGCCUGCCUGGCAAGAGGAGCCACGCUUUCCUUUCCUGGUAGCUAUGCUGUGCAGCGACAUGAUGCUGAUCCUUUGCUCCCGAGGGCUGCUGCUACUAGGCCACUAUAACAUCCUCAUCACAGUAGUGCCAUGCCAGAUCCUCCUCAUGCUCUGUAAAUUUUGCUUCAACAAUGCUACCCUCAGCCUGGCGUGGAUGGUCAUAGAACGCUACAUAGCAAUUUGCUAUCCCCUGAAGUGUGCCAUCCUCCUGAGUCCCCACAGGGUAAACCUGGUGAUCAUGGGCAAUGGCAUUCUGUCCGGCUGCCUUGUUAUGAUACACGUCAUCUUGACGAAUCUCUCCACUGAAGAGGUAAAUUAUGAACUUGGCAUGAUUUGCCAUUCAGAGUCAAAGGUUUACGGAUCUAAUUUUGAAAAGGAGGCGCUUGUAGUUCGAUAUUUCGGCCACGCCUUCUGCAUUUCCUUCCUGCUGACGAUGAUCAUCUUCGCCUACCUGCGCAUUGGCAAUGUGAUCGUAAAGGCCAGCACAAAAGAGAAGGGUUCAGCAGUCCGGGCUCAGAAGACUAUCCUGCUACACGCCAUCCAGAUGCUGCUCUAUAUGGCUUUCCAUUUCUAUCCUGUUCUAUACAGGACGAUGUACCAGAGUGUCAGUGGGACACACCUCAUGAGGCUUUUCAAUUUGCUGUGCUUCGAUGUUCCCAGGGUCCUGGCCCCCCUUAUUUACGGGCUCAAGGAUGAAGAGAUUAAACCUAGGGUUCUGGUGUUCCUUUGCUGCUGUCUCUUCAAGGUACACCCCUCCAGAGGUCAGCAGUAGAAUUUCCCAAGAACACCAAGAAAAACAGCAAUGAAUGUACAACAAACCUUGCACCAAAUUGUUCAGGGAAAAAAAUAAAGAUUAAAGAAGUCUAAACUGGAACAGCCUAACGUCAAUAUGUUGUGUUAAAUUGGCUCAAAUAAUUCUGAACUCCUGUCUCUAUAUAUCUUAAACCGGGGGGAAAAAAUGUUUACAAGUCUUAAGGUCAGGACCUAUGGUAAAGCUACUAAAGCUCAAAUAGCUUUAAUAUCACCGUUCAGGGAAAAAAAAACCUGUUUAUUACUGGAAUAUAUGUUCUAAACAGCACAGAUAAAAACACAACAGUGAAAAUGCACACAAGGAAAACAGCUAUAGCAUUUGCAAGUUAACAUAUGGUUUACUCUCUAAGAAUAAUGUAGUAUUCCAGACCUCAGUUGGGUUUUCAUUACAUUGAGUAUAUUUUUGCACAAUGAAAUUGUACAAAUUUAAAAAAUGACACCUUUGAAGACACUGUAUUUUGAGGAUACAUUAUUCAGCUUGUGUCGUAUUUCCAAUCAAAGUUUUUGAGUUUUGGUAUAUUAGAAUAUAAAAAAGUAUAUAAUCACCUUGAUGUUUAUAAUAUUUCUGUACUGGAAUGACUGAAAAAUGGUUAGACGCUGCCAAAAUACCACUUUACACUUAAACCAUGAAAUAUAGUGAUUACCCUUUGCUGUGCCUUUCAAGUAGAAAAUGAAGUCACAUUCUGUGCUUUACCAUUUCACAACUGUAUGUACUGACAGCGUCAAGGAGAAUGACCAUUUCAUUAAUGAACUUUUGUUCAAGGAAGAUCAGGCUACUUACAUAGAAGUAGCAGUGUUGUAACAGUGGGCGACACUCCUUUUAAGCCAGCUAACCCAAACCCCUGUAUAGUGAAUCAUGCAUUGCUAGGAUGAACAAUUUUUAAAUGAUAUGUUUUAUCUGAGGUUUUUAUCUAAACUGUCAACAUCAAAGCUAUGAAAACUGGGAAGCUAGUGUUGUGGUAAAACAAAACAAGUCCAACAUCUGUUUCAAAGAGUUGUAGCCAGCCAUAGUCCCAGAGUGCUGAGUUUCUGCAGGCUGCAGAGAUAUUUCAUUUAACACCUGACUUGGGAACAGAAGAGAUUUUCUCACUCUUCAAUUAUAUCAUUCAAGUCACAUAGAAUGAAAACCACAAGUAAAACCUGAACUAGGGGACCGGGGUUCUCUACCCCUGCUUCACAUUUUCCUCUUACCUCCUGCCUUCCGUUAGAGAAUUGGAUAAAAAUGAUUCCCAUUAAGCUGACCUUAAUUUACCCGACUAUACAUACCUAAACAGGCCACUAAUUCUGCUUAAACUUUAAUAAAUUCAGAUGUAACACCCUCGCCCUAGUGUUACUUAACUAAGCAAAUAACUAAAGAAUGUUUUCAUACCGGAUCUACAUGCAGGAGAAUUCUUUAUUCAACUUACUAUGUAACUUACUAGGCGUUGUCUUACUCCUGUGUCCACAGCCAAUUGUUUAACUACGGGAUUGCUCACUAAAAGUGUAACAAUGUAGAGUCUGGAAAUAUAUGAGGAUGUCUCCCAGCUUAUAGCUUUAAAAGACUAAUUGCAAAUGCAACUAAGACUAUCUCCUAGAAAACUUCUUAUCUUUAAAACUCUACCCCUGAGUUGACUCUGCAAAACCAGACCACACACUGACUCCAUACUUAGUGUCUGGAUGGUUCAUCUAAUAAGUGCCAAUGAAAACUUUACAUUGUCACAUUGUGUGAGAACAGGAUAUUGCUGCAGAAAAUUCAGUUAAAUUCUAAGCACAACUUGCUCUUCCACUGUUACAUCAAUGUUAAUCAAAUAAUCUUUUCAAAAAGCCAGGUCACCUACAUUGUGAAUCUACUUUGUAUGUUUAAAUGAAUACAGACAACAUAAAAUAAAAAAGCUUUCUUCAUUUUCUAAUCAACAGAUCAUAAGUUUCUAAAUUCUGCUUAGAAAGGAUCCUCAGUCUCGACUGUCACCCUUGUCUACCCACACAAAGAAAAACAAGCAAUAGGGACAGUACAGAAAUUUAGAUUUUUUUUUUCUCUUUAAUUGCAAUAAAUGAUGGGACUAUUUUCAAAAGGCAAUUUUAAUCCAAAUGGUCUCUUUAAAGGCAACUGGUAAAAUCUCUUUGAUUUGCAACUUCCCAACACUGCUUAAAAAGGAUAAAAAAAAUAUGCAAACAAUGACAAGGACAGAAUGCAAACAAGGGAAAGACAGGAGAAACGAAAUUGGAAGACAGGCAUGUGAUCUCCACCAUCGAUGCUAUAA